GGGAAGGAAAGUUUUCCUCAAACAGCUCUAAUCUAAAACGCCUACUGUUUUACUGCCAUUGUUGUUAUUCCGUCUGAGUGAGAGUCGAUCCUCUCUCUAGAAUCUUCUCUCGGGCAAGUCACAGGACGCGGAGCUGAUCGUCGACGACGACGACCGAUGGCCGAUGAUUUUGAGUUCUCCACUCCAUCGUUCGACCGCAUGAAGAAUGUGGAAGCUAAAGGACUGAACCCUGGAUUGAUAGUGUUGCUGGUUAUUGGCAGCAUCGUCCUGGCGUUCCUUAUUGGGAAUUACGCGCUUUACGUGUAUGCACAGAAGACCCUGCCUCCCAAGAAGAAGAAGCCCGUCUCCAAGAAGAAGAUGAAGAGGGAAAGGCUGAAGCAAGGCGUCUCUGCCCCGGGAGAGUGACUGAAAUUCACCCGAGCCAGCUGUUUAAUGUCUUGACUCUUGAGUUACUAGUUUGACUAGUUUCUUCUGUUGAAGUUCUAAAGUCUGUGUCAUUUCUCCUCCUCCCCCCCUUUUGCUAGAACUCUAGACUUCAGAGGUCAUAACCAGAAACCAUCCAGUGUUUGGAUUGAGAUGAGGUUAGAAACUAAAACGCGGUUUUAUGUUGAAAGUUGAAACUACAGUUAAUUAGUGUUGUUGUGUGAUUGUCUCCGUUCCCAUUCUUCCAAAUCUUCAAAGUAUUAUGGACAGCUGACGUCACAUAGCCACCAUUUCGGGCCGCUGGACUUAUCUACAUGUAACCAAACUCGAAAAUAAGACUACUAAAGCACAUAAAUUAUCAUGUGUCCGUC